AUGAACACCUGGAAUUACACAAAUAAGCCUGAUUUCAUUCUCAUGGGGCUGACAGAUUCCAAGGAGAUCCAGCUGGUCCUCUCUGUGAUUUUUCUCCUGAUAUACUUGGUCACUGUGCUGGGGAACAUAGGCAUGAUGCUGAUUAUUUGUCUUGAUGCCCAGCUUCACACUCCGAUGUAUUUCUUCCUCACCCACCUGUCAUUCCUUGAUCUCAGUUACUCAACUGUCAUCACACCUAAAACCUUAGAGAACCUGCUGACUUCAAACAAGAGCAUUUCCUUCAUAGGCUGCUUCACUCAAAUUUACUUUUUUGUCCUUUUUGCCACUACUGAGUGUUUUCUUCUGUCUUCGAUGGCCUAUGAUCGGUAUGUAGCUAUCUGCAACCCUCUACACUAUUCAUUUGUUAUGACCAGCAGAUUCUGCAGUGCCCUUCUUACUGGCUCAUAUGUGCUUGGAGCUGUGGAUUCAACUGUUAAUAUGAUAUGCAUGCGCACACUGGAUUUCUGCAAGUCUAAUGUCAUCCAUGACUUCUUUUGUGACGCACCCCCACUUAUAGCCCUGUCUUGCAGCAACACGCAUGAUAUUGAAAUCACUAUAUUUGUUUUUGCUGGAUCUACCCUACUGUUGUCCCUUAUUACAAUAUCUGUGUCUUAUGUGUCCAUUCUUUCUACUAUUUUGAAGAUCAAUUCAACUACCGGAAAACAAAAGGCCUUCUCAACUUGUGUCUCUCAUAUCCUGGCAGUUACCAUAUUUUAUGGAACCUUAAUCUUUACUCAUUUAAAAUCAAAUAAGUCCUCCUCCAUGGGAAUGGACCAAGUGGCAUCUGUUUUCUAUACUAUUGUGAUCCCCAUGCUGAACCCAUUCAUUUACAGUCUCAGAAACAAAGAAGUGAAAUGUGCUGUCAGUAGAGUCAUAAAGAAAAGAGAGAGAGCUCUGGACAAAUAA